AUGUCAGAUUGGAACCAAGGCGGGGGAUAUCAGCAAGGCGGCGGCGGCGGCGGCGGCGGCGGCUGGAACCAAGGCGGCGGCGGCGGCGGCGGCGGCGGCGGCUCGCAGCAGUACGGCGGCGCGUGGGGCGGUCGACAAGGCGGAGGCGGCUCCUUCGGAGGGGGCGGCGGCUUCAACAACACCCGCCCUGGGGACUGGCAGUGCCCCGCCGGGUGCGGGAACGUGUUCGCGUCGAAGAUGAACUGCUUCCGAUGCGGCAUGCCGAAGCCGGAAGGCGCCGGCGACGCGGUGCGUCUCUUCGCGCGCGCGCGAUCGCGCCCCCUCCCCGCGGUCGAUCGAUUCGAGAAUCCGUCAGAUCGCGUCGUUCGUCCCGAGAACCCACGCGCGAGGGGCGUUUUUACCCUACGAACCCCCCGAUCGGACGGAUCGCCGACGCCUCCUCUCUUCUCUCUCUCCCUUCCUCCCUCCCAUCGUCAGGGCGGCGGCGGAUACAACCAAGGCGGCGGCGACUACGGCAACGGCGGCGGCGGCGGCUGGGGCGGCGGCGGCUCCCGCGGCGGGUACGGGUACAACGACCGCCCCAGAGGCGGCCCCACGCCGAGGCCCGGGGACUGGAACUGCCCCGCCGGGUGCGGGCUCGUCUUCGCGUCCAAGUACAACUGCUUCCGCUGCGGCGCGCCCAAGCCGGAAGGCGCGGGCGCGGAGUACGGCGAACGCCAGGACCAAGGCGGUUACGACCGCGGCGGCCCGCCCCCGGGCGAAGCGCCGCCGCGGGACAUCUCCGUGGACGAGUACCGCAGCUCGGGCAGGAGCGCGCAAGAGCUCGCGGACAGCCUCACGCGCGAGCAGCGGUGAUUUCCGCGACGGGUUGAAAAUUUCGUCGCGUCGCGCGGUCGGGUCGGAUCGUCGGACGCGCGUGAACUGUGGCGCCGACGAACCUGUCGUCGCUCGGGCGUCGUCUUCUUGGGACGCGCAAAUGGAUGCGGUUGGGCGCGAAAACGCCCCCGCGCCGAGCGUUCUCAGUGUUGUUUUCUUGUUCUUGUAGACUCGCGGCUCGCGAGCGGUAAAAGUGAUUUUUUCGUUGUUGAUACAUUUCGGUG